UGCGUCCGCGGUUUACUCUGAGCCCGUAUUUAAUUCCUCUAAACCCCCAGCUGCCGCCCUGGUUACUCACUGAACACGACAGACUGUGGACCGCUCUGGUUAUUAAUAAUUCACCAGCCCUGCGCUCCGCUUCUCCGGCCGCGGCCACAGGACACCGCGCGUCCUCACUGGAGCGCGCCGCGUUUUCACCUCCAGCGCGUGUUUACUUGGUUUCGGCUGCUCGGUGGCUCGCAGCGGGGGAGACGUGCGUUUCACCCUCUCGUUAUUGUGUCUGAGGCGCACAGGCUGCAACAGUCCCGCCGGCGUGCGUGGCACUGAGGUCCCCCCCGCGCUUACCCGCACCAGCUCUGCCCUGCCACUGGUCUGAGACGAACGUCCCUUUUCCGUGACUUUACGCAGGUGGAGCAGCGCGGACCGAGGAGGAACUCCGCGUCUUUUCACACGAGCAGAGCCGGAGCAUGCACGCGGGGAAAGCGCGCGUUGUCGUCCUCUCCUGCAGGAGCAACAGCUGAUCUGGGGACCGCGUAAUAAGCGGAGAGCGCAGGGCUACUUACUGUCGGUGCACGCAGCCGCGCUCCUGCUCUGCCACUCGGGCUCAGACGGGGACUGUGUCGGUGGCGCGUCCGCGGACUUUACGGUACCGGGACAGAGUGGAGAGAGAGAGAGAGAGGGGGGGAGAGAGAGAGAGAGAGGGGGAGAGAAAGAGAGAGAGAGAGCGCGCACUGACAGGAGCGCACAACCUUGACACCGACGGGGUUUUCAUGGAAAUGUCACGAGUUGAGCGCGAACAUAAACACUUUGCAUGAAGAAGACGAGAAGCGGACGAGUUGGAUUAUUCCGCGCGGAGAAGACCUGGUUCUAGAGAAAUGUUCCCCGGGCAUCAGGCCGUGUGUUAGGGCUCUUCUGCUUCCGGUAUAAGGCCCAGAACAAGACACCGAGCCGCUCGCUCUCUCACUCUCACUUUCUGUUUUUCUUUUUUUUUUUGGAAGCCGAACUUUUUCAGAGUGGAAAAUGGGUCUUUGAGAGUGUUGGCACAUUUCCCCGCACCACAAUGGCAACCGAAACCUUUCUCUUGAAUGAAGAACCCUCCAGAGGUCCUGGGAUGCCUGAAUGCUUUGUAGUAUCAGAUUCAUACAGGUAUUACCCUACUCAUCUUCUAAACAAUGCCUUAGUGGAUGAAUUUCAUCCCUUCAUCGAGGCCCUCCUCCCCCAUGUCCGUGCCUUCUCGUACACCUGGUUCAACCUGCAGGCCCGCAAGCGCAAGUACUUCAAGAAGCACGAAAAGAGGAUGACCAAGGACGAGGAACGCGCGGUGAAGGACGAGCUGCUGGGGGAGAAGCCAGAGAUCAAGCAGAAGUGGGCCUCGCGCCUGCUGGCCAAGCUGCGCAAGGACAUCCGGCCCGAGUUCCGCGAGGACUUUGUGCUCACCAUCACGGGCAAGAAGCCUCCCUGCUGCGUGCUGUCCAACCCCGACCAGAAGGGUAAGAUCCGCCGCAUCGACUGCCUCCGCCAGGCCGACAAGGUGUGGCGGCUGGACCUGGUGAUGGUCAUCCUGUUCAAGGGCAGCCCCCUGGAGAGCACGGACGGGGAGCGGCUGGUCAAGUCGCCCCAGUGCUCCAACCACGGCCUGUGUGUCCAGCCGCACCACAUUGGAGUGACGGUCAAGGAGCUGGACCUCUACCUGGCCUACUUCGUCCACUCACCAGAACAAUCAGGACAAUCAGACAACUCGAACCAGCAAGGAGACACAGACGUCAAGCCCCCGCCCAAUGGCCACUUGAGUUUCCAGGACUGCUUUGUGACUUCAGGGGUGUGGAACGUAGCCGAGCUGGUCCGCGUGUCGCAGACCCCGGUGGCGACAGCGACAGGUCCAAACUUCUCCCUGGCCGACCUGGACAGCCCUGGAUACUACAACAUCAACCAGGUGACCCUGGGCCGGCGCUCCAUCACCUCCACCCCCUCCACCAGGACUGAAAUGGAGCUUUAUGCAAGUCUCCCACGGAGCUCCAACAAGCGCAAGUCCAUUGACGACAGCGAGAUGGAGAGCCCGGUGGACGAUGUCUUCUACUCGGGCCGCUCCCCGGCGGCCGGCAGCAGCUCUCAGUCCAGCGGGUGGCCUAACGACGUGGAUGCAGUGCAGCACCAUUUGGCCAGUGUGCAGGAGAGGAAGAUUAAGCAUGAGAACGAUGGAGUGCAGUUUCCUUACCAUGGACUGUCAUCGCCUGGUUCUCUUAAGAAGCCGGGGAAAUUCGAUUUCAGCGCCCUGUCCUCCCAGACGAGGUCCCCCCGCAUGGCGUUCACCCACCACCCACUGCCAAUGCUGGCGGGAGUGAGACCAGGGAGUCCCCGUGCGUCGGCCUCGGCCCUGCACUUCCCGUCUCCCUCCAUCAUCCAGCAGUCUAGCCCCUACUUCACCCACCCGACCAUCCGCUACCACCACCACCCUGGACAGGACCCCCUGAAGGAGUUUGUGCAGUUUGUCUGUGCUGAUGGUUCGGGGCAGGCCGCUGGACAGCCAAACGGGAGCGGCCAGAGCAAAAUGCCAGGCUCCUUCUUGCUGCCUCCACCUCCCCCAGUGGCCCGCCCAGUGCCCCUCCCCAUGCCCGACUCUAAACCCAACAGCACGCCCCCUGACGGCGGACUCUCCUCGCCCGCAUCUCCGUCAUACUCCACGUCAGGCGCCACAGCUCCCAACAGGUUUGUCGGCAUCGGAUCACGGGACAACAACUUUCUGAACAUCCCGCAGCAGACGCAGUCUUGGUUCCUCUGACAAGAUCUGUGCACAAACCAGCAACUAGUAUUCUUUCUUUACAAUCGGAAAAAGCAAACAGAGAAACAACCCGCAGGAUGAUAAUUGUCCUCCAACCCACCCACCGCCCGCCCGACCGGCCCUGACAGUACGUCUCACCUGAUUCUAAAUCAAACCACACAGGAACAUGCAGCAGAGGAACUCUGGACUCAUUCACCCAGUCAGAGGGAGGACCUGUUCUGAGCAACGACGGAAAGAUGGAAAGAUGAAUGGAUGGACAAGGGGAUGCCAGGACGCAGGAAGUAGUGAGGGGCACAACAACGACAACAAGCAGGCGUCUCUCCUGAAAACGAAAAAGCAAACAACCACCGAACCAGCACAACGCAGGAGGAAGAAAACGUCUUCUUCUGCGUCUUCGUGAGGACGUUUCGUGUAACGAAGAAAAAUCCACUGUCCAACUAAAUCAAGACUUUCCAGAUGCAGCAUUUUAACCCUCAAAGCUCCGCCCACCGUGAAUCUACAGCCCGGUCAAAGAAAAAGACGAUUAGGUCCGAGCUCCUGUCGUCACCCAAAAGAAAAUCCAAUUAACUCUCUUUCUCUCUCUCUCUCUCUCUCUCUCUCUCUGAACGACCAUUGACUCUAUAAAGCCCCUGUUUACUACUAACUAGAGAGAGACCAUGCCAAAACAUUUCUUGAUUUAAGGGUUGCACUACAAGAAGCCGAAUCAAUUAACACUAAUCUUAACGAUGUGCACUAUUUACCUACAAGGCAUGGGAGGUAAACCAGACUUGCCUGUCAAGAGUUUUAAAGAGGAAAAGGUACAAGACGCCUUCACGUGUCCUCGACCCCAUCGAUCAGUUCGACAAAUCACUGGCCUCCGCUCAUUCUCACAUGUCCCCGCACAACACACACACACACACACA